AUGGGGAUUCCCUUGCUCGACGAAGACACAGAAGCGGGAGCGGAAGAUGCGCAAUGGGAAAGUGAUGAGCUUACCUCACUCGGCCAUUCUCGCUCCUUCUCGGAAGGGUCAUGGAAUCCCGAGCGCGGCUAUACGUCGUCGCUAGGUGUUCCGGCCUUUCGGAAUUUCCUGGUAUCACCCAAACUAAGCGUAACAAAUAUCUCAGACGCUGGCGAUCAACAGCAACUGCAUGAAGAUCGGACUCUUCUGCGCCCGGAAGACUCAUUGGAUGAGGACCUAGCGCAGUCAUUGGCCUCGUUAUCACCGUUAGACGACAAGUAUGAACUACAACAGGAGAUCCUGGAUGCACGCCGGAAUACACGGGAAAUUGAGAGCCAGACCGACACAUUUGUCUCUAAAGCCAAACUGCGUCAUGUGAUAACGGUCGAGGCUGUGACGCGAGAACUAACAAGAACUGCGGCGCAACUUUCACCCGAUCAAGUCACAUUCUACGCAGAAACAGUGUGCGCAGAAACGGAGGAUGAAGGGCAAAAGGGAACGACCAAGAUCACCACGUUCCGCAAGAUCUUUGCACUCUUGGUUCUAAUCGAAGCCGUUUCUUCCGUCGCGGACUUCGUGAGAGAGGGUGUCACCGAUCAGGAUCUACCCCUCGUGAAACAUGAACGAACCGGAGAACUGUAUCGCAAAGGCAGCCAGUUUUGUGUUCCUCGUGGCUGCUUCAAGGGGUGGUCACCAUUGAAACUCGAAAAUUUUCAACGCUAUCAAUGGUGGCUACUUGCGACAUACUUCUCACCACCCGACGAUGACGGUGUAGUAAAGAACUACAAACUUCAAGACCAACACAUCCUCCCCUUUCUCACCCCGGGGAAUGCGCUGACCCAGCCCAUUGACAAGACCGGUGGUUACGGAAGGGUAAUCAUGGUGAACAUACCCUCCGAUCACCACAAUUUCAGUGAUAAGCGGCUCUGUGAGCGCGGUUUCGCCAUCAAACAGCAACUCUACGAUGAGCAUCGUGACGCUUAUAAGAAAGAAAUAGACAUACUGAUGAAAUUCAGCGGCGGGCGAAGCCACCCACACAUUGUGUCCUUGCUUGCAACAUAUGAGCAGUUCAACAGGUUCAAUCUGAUCUUCUACCGUGCAGAAGGUGAUCUGUUCGACUAUUGGAAGAAGCUCAACCCACACCCGGUUCUCCACCACAGCAAUGUCAACUGGUUUGCAAAGCAAUGCAGCGGGCUUGCCGAGGGCCUGUCGAAACUUCACAAGCUCCUGUCGUUCACCAAGCCUCAGCAUAAGAACGAGGAGGAGCAAUUGGAAGACACACAUGACACUACCGGGAACAACUCUACUCGAGUGGAAAAAAUCGUGAGAUUUGCACCAUUGAGCGAGCGGGUCGACACAGGCUCGUCGAUACUUUCAAACGGUGUGCAAGAGCGUCCGACGAGCCCAUUCGGAUGCCCCAACGACUUUGGCGAUCAGGGUCUGCCGUCGCGUAGCCAUCAACUCUACGAUCAUGCUAGCACGCAAAAGAAAGUAUACGGCCGCCAUGGAGACAUCAAUCCAAACAACAUCCUUUGGUACGACGAUGGCGAUAACGAACACGAUGGUCUCACGUUGCAGGGAACACUCAAGAUCACCGACUUCGGACAAGCUGAGAUCCACUCACUGGAGAGCAAGACCAAUCGCCGAGAAACCCCUAAUACGAUGACUUACCGACCCCCCGAAUGCGAUUUGCCCAAUGCGGAUAUGCGACAAACUUACGAUAUUUGGUGUUUGGGUUGCGUUUACCUUGAGUUUGUGGCUUGGUUACUAGGGGGUCGUGAGCUUGUGAGAAGAUUCAAGAAGCUAAGGACGAUGACUGACUACUUCCAUCGAUUCACAACUGUUGAUACAUUCUACGAAGUGGAGAAAGACCCUGAAGCUGCUGGGAUACGGGCCAAGGUCAACUCAAGGGUCACCGCCGUAUGUUGCACCUUUUGA